AGUCCAAAUCCAAAGUGGUGGGGGAGAGAGAGGAAACCCUCGCCUAGAUCUCCUGACUCCGACGAGCUCGCCGCCGGCCACCGCUCAUGGAGGAAGGCGUGAGGGUGGACCUCGACAAGCUCCCCAUCAAGCGGCUCCAGGCCAUCGACGAGGCCGGCAACGAGCACUACCCGCCGGACACCAGCAGCGAUGAGCAGCGGCUCUCCGCCAUCCGCCGGAUCGACUUCUCCUGGGUCAUCGACAAGGACGCCAAGAAGCCCAAGAAGGCGGCCAAGGACACCGCCCAGCAGGCAUGGCCGUGGCAGGGCAUGAUGGAGAGCCUGCAGCAGGCGCAGCAGGAGCUCUCCAUCGUCAUUGACCUCAUCUCCACGGUCGAAGCCAAUGAUGCAGUGGCCGUCGCUGGAAUGCUCAAGCCCAAAUCGCUGCCCAACGAAACCCUCGUUGACACUGCCGUCUCCGCAGCCACCAAGCUUCAGCGCCUCCGGCAUUUGGGACGGUACUUCAAACAGUCGGCCAAGACAAUGGAGCAGCAGUUCCAAAAGGAGUCUAGGUUCUACGGCUCAUUAAUCAGAUUGCAGCAGAACUGGAAAGUGAAGCGGCAACGGUUUGGUGGAAGUGGUCCAGGAAGCGAGGGCUUCAUGUUUGAUCUGGUCGACAGUUCUCAAUUGGACACAUCUGUGAUGCCCCGGUUGUCAUCAUUGUCAUUGAUCCCAAUCGAUCAAGACUCAUCAGGCACUUUGUCUGUACAAGUCCCACAAAAAUCUUGCCGUUUCUUGAGUCUUAAUUUCCGUGGGGAUAGUACCAAUGGUGCGGAAAGCUAUGGUUACAAACUGAAAGAUGGUAUCUCAAAUAUCACUCCGUCUGCAACAGAAAAUGAUGCUGACAAUGAUGAUGUCAAUAAAUCCAUUAAAAAUGCACAUUCUAUUCUUCGCAACAUCCAUGAGUCAAUAUUUGAGGAGCAGGUAUUUGAUAUGGUGAUUCGCGAAACAUUUGUCCAAUCUCAAGGCAUCAACGUGACUGGGAUGCGCGAAGAUUUUCUCCAAUUAUCUAUUGGCCAGGAAUGUUCGUUGUGCCUCUCGCUUGCUCAUUCUGGGGAUGGUAUUGACUCGGAAAUGGUAGGCCGUGAAGGCCGUACUAAUUCAGAGGAUGCUUCAAGUCUUGUGUUGGCCACCAUGAAUGGCAAGCAAGACCCUUUAAGAAAGGACGUGAUAGGGUUUCCUAACCCCAGAAGUCUGGAAAUUUACUUGCUACAAUUGUUUCAUGCGAACAUUCUUAGGAAGGUCAGGGAGAAAUCCCUUAACGUUGGUCGCUACCAGAGUCCUGCUCAGGUUGCAGGUGAUGAUUAUGGCCUACUAGGUCAUUUCUGCAUGACAGUAGCUCACAGGAUAUUUUCUAACAAAGUACUCUUGGAGCUUGAGAGUGUGGUUAGCGGGGUUCCCUAUCUCCAUUUGCGUUCUCUUCCUACUUGGCAUUCUCGAACUUCUUCCUGGUCUCUAUGCUUGAAAGUUCCUCAGCCUAUCCUGGCUACUGAUCGGAUUGCUAAACCUUCUGAUAACCAUGAACCCAAGUACAAAUCAAGGUCACAGUUCAAUACUAAGGUGAUUGUGAAAGAUAGCCAAAUUAGUUUAAUGGGUGAAGGCUCCCCAAGCAUUGCUGGGUCAUUGAGUGGGAAGUCCUCCGAUGGACAUUUGAUUAACAGCUACAAUUGUGACCUGGAAGACCUCCCAACCAUGCUUCUGCAGCAGGUUGCCAGUCAAGUAAUCCACUGGCUUCAUGAAGAAGCAUUGGUUCUUGGUAUGAACGUGACUAGAGAUUUUCUCUGCCUUUACUUUGAUCUUGAGCAAGGGGAAACGCUUGGCCUGGUGGCGCAUGUUGAUCCAGAUGAUGCCUACGGAUGCAUUUCUUGGUACCUUACUAUUGAUCACCCAACGGAGGAUGGGAAGAUGUCAGCAGAUAGUUACGAGUUUGAGAAGCGUAGGUUUUUGGGCUAUGUUUCUCUUGAAGUGUUGUACUCUACGCUUAUGGACCUGAUAAAUCUGUGUAACGCUGGUGCCCACCACUGACAUCUAUCUGCAUAUCCAUGUAUUGUCACUUACUGCCGUGUUGAUUGUUGAUUGGUCCUUUGCUUAGGUGAAUGAAAUCAUGUUGGUUGUUGCCCACUAUCACUCA